UGACUCAUUUUAGAUCAUUCCAUUGGUCCUGAACAAAAAUCUCCACACAAUCAGGAGCACCGGGCCAUGAAAAACUAAUACGACCACUUCUUCGCUGUCUAAAAAGUGUACAGUUUGGUAAUGUAACGUUAUCGAGUUAAAUUCGCCGGAAUCAUAUGUGCUUUCGGUUUAACUUUUUUUUUUAAACUAGAAGCCCUGCGACACGGAAACAAACUAACGCAACAUGCAUGAAGAUUGAAACAGACUUGCAUCGUAGUUGCAGGACAAGCCGCAGCUUCUGAGCGGGGUAGAUGCAGGGAGGGAGGGAGUAAAAAGUCUUUGUGCUUCCCCUCCCCCUCGUCAAAGCAAAGGGGGAAAUGUCUCUUUCUAAAGGAGGAAAGAAGAAGAACCCAGGCCUCAAGCUCUCCAAAGAGGUCUUUGAUCAGCCCCCACCUGCAGCCGCAGCCCCCCCUCGAGAUCUGGAUUCCAAAGCCUGUGUUACCAUUGGAGAAAAGAACUUUGUUGUGAAGGCAGAUGACUUAGAGCAGAUUGGGGAGCUGGGUAGAGGAGCGUAUGGCGUGGUGGACAAGAUGAGACAUGUGCCCAGUGGGCUUAUCAUGGCCGUCAAGAGGAUCCGGGCCACAGUGAACACCCUGGAGCAGAAGAGACUGCUGAUGGACCUGGACAUCUCCAUGAGGACCGUGGACUGCUUCUUCACGGUCACCUUCUACGGCGCUCUCUUCAGAGAGGGUGACGUGUGGAUCUGCAUGGAGCUGAUGGACACGUCUCUGGAUAAGUUCUACAAGCAGGUGAUCGAUAAAGGCAUGACCAUCCCUGAAGACAUCCUGGGGAAGAUCACUGUAGCGAUCGUCAAGGCUUUGGAGCAUCUGCAUAACAAACUGUCAGUGAUACACCGAGAUGUGAAGCCGUCCAACGUGCUGAUCAACACACAGGGCCAGGUGAAGAUGUGUGACUUUGGCAUCAGCGGCCACCUGGUGGACUCUGUGGCCAAGACCAUGGACGCCGGCUGCAAGCCCUACAUGGCGCCAGAACGGAUAAACCCCGACCUCAACCAGAAAGGCUACAGCGUUAAGUCAGACAUCUGGAGUCUAGGAAUCACAAUGAUUGAGCUGGCCAUUCUGAAGUUCCCCUAUGACUCGUGGGGUACACCCUUCCAGCAACUGAAGCAGGUAGUGGAUGAGCCCUCUCCACAGCUGCCCUCGGACCGCUUCUCCCCUGAGUUUGUGGACUUCAGCUCCCAGUGCUUAAGAAAGAAACCCAACGAGAGACCCGCCUACACAGAACUAAUGCAACACCCCUUUUUCACCCUGCAUGACUCCAAAGAGACGGACGUAGCCAGCUUUGUCAAGAUCAUCCUGGCAGACUGACAGGCCCCUCCACCCACCAGGGUAGGAGGUAGGCGGGACUUCUCCACCCACCCACCAAUCCAAGGCCUUUCAGAAAGCUCACUGGAAUUGAUCUGCCACACAACUCCAACUUUCUUUCCCCAAAGACUGACGCCAGCUCACAGAGGCCACGUGGGAAAGCGCUUGUAAUAUGAACUCAAGAUGUUGAUGGUGUCCACCCAAACUGGAGAUGGUCAACUCACCCACGGGUCCAACAAACCUUUCCCUCCCUCUACUCCUACAAACUGAACUGAUUCAAACUCCUCACUGUACCAGUUUUCUGAUUGGACAGUGUCUGUCAGCAGGAAGAAAAUCUCUCUUUACACAUACUGUAUGUCCAUCACUCUGAAUUACACAGAAAGCCAAAAAGAAUUCGGUGAAAUGUGUUCGUCUCUGUAUAAUGAAUUGAAAAGAUAUAUAUUUUUCAUUUAUGCGUUUUUGUUUUUCCUGAUACAGUUUGUAAUACUGUAUAUUUUCAUCAAAUAUGAAUUUAAGGGUGUGUCUUUACUCUUUCUGAAUGGUAUCAUGAGGGGAAGAGGUGACCUACAUUUCUCGUCUCGACUUCUUGUGAUUGGUCAGUAAUGGGACGGCAGCUGCUGUCGUCGGGCAGGGUUUUGGGAGGCUCUGGAGGGGUCAGACUCAGUAAGUUUCUUUGUAGAGGGAAGUUCAAAGGUGAAAGCGUGACUGGGGGGCCCUGUACAAAAGGAAUUGCAAGUCCUACCUAGGUCUCUUUGGUGGCAUGGGAAUGCAAGGCAUCUGUUAUCAUCUGACCCUAUAUACAACCCCCUCACCCAUCUGUAUACGCCCCUCUGCCCCGCCCCUUCCUAACCACCCGUAUACGCCCCUCUGCCCCGCCCCUUCCUAACCACCUGUAUACGCCCCUCUGCCCCGCCCCUUCCUAACCACCUGUAUACGCACCUCUGCCCCGCCCCUUCCUAACCACCUGUAUACGCCCGCGCCUUCCUAACCACCUGUAUACGCCCCUCUGCCCCGCCCCUUCCUAACCACCUGUAUACGCCCCUUCCUAACCACCUGUAUCUGCUCCGCCCCUUCCUAACCACCUGUAUACGCCCCUCUGCCCCGCCCCUUCCUAACCACCUGUAUACGCCCCUCUGCCCCGCCCCUUCCUAACCACCUGUAUCUGACCCUCUGCCCCGCCCCUUCCUAACCACCUGUAUCUGCCCAGCCCCUUCCUAACCACCUGUAUACGCCCCUCUGCCCCGCCCCUUCCUAACCACCUGUAUACGCCCCUCUGCCCCGCCCCUUCCUAACCAUCUGCUCUGUCACCAAGAGUGCUGUAAAGAGUAUGUGAACAGUGUAUUCUCAUAUAGUACAUGGACUUGUAAUUGGGAGAUGAUAAUGUAACUAUCCAGACUCUGCUGUAUUUAUCUUCCAGUCCCUCCGAGCCGUUUUUAAAAAGCUGUAUUUUCAUUAUUCAUUGUGACUCUUAUCACUUGUUUUCCUGGAUGUGGUUGGGGGCUGCUGUUUAACCCAUUUUAACUUUUACAUUUGUAAUUUUUCUCAAUUUCCUUUUCCCGAGUGGCAGACAGGAGCGUGUCAGUAUGGUGUUUGGUCCCUGAAGCACAGAGGCCUACGAAGCCUCAUGCCUUUACACGGACAGGACGUCAGGGAACAUCAUUUAUGUGUGUUGAAGAUGUAAAUACUAUUUUGGACAACUUUUUUUCUCUUUUUAAAUGUAACGUUGGCAACGUGGCGGCAGAGAGGACGUGUGGUCGUGUGCUACGCGGCUGAUUUGAUGUGUUCUCGUUGGUUUUAAUGCAGUCGGUGUGUGAGAGAGGCAAACGCAGCCUGCUGACUCCUCCUGUAAUCAUCUGUUUGAUCGAUCUGCUGCAGCCACCUCUCAGGUUUUCAAUGCCCUGCUUUAAGUCGGCGGAGGCGGCCAUGUUUAUUUCCCCACCAUGUUGUACCUCUCUUCAGCGCUGGGUUGCGUUCAUUAGGUGCCAUACGGAAGAAAACAAACAGUGAGGAACUAAUGUUCGGUUCCACGUUGCAAAAUGUUAGACGCUUCCCGUUGCAUGCCCCAAUGAACGCAACCCAUUAUGGUGGAAGACUACUAAUGUGUGAGAUCAUGCUAGGCUGUGAAUGGGUACCUGCCAUCUAGGCUUGAAUCCCAAAUCGACCCCCCCCCCCAAUCCCUAGACAAUCAUCUAGGUCUGAGACCGAUUUGGAGGUAUGAGCACUAUAACCAGGUGAAGUAAUCACCAUAUUGGUUACUGUUUCCACUCCAUACUUUCUAGAAGUGCCCUGGGGAGAAGGGAGGCUCUGGGUUGAUCUGGAACUCAACCCUCUGGACUCUGCUAUGCAGUGGCCCUCAGGUCUUCCAUCAGGACUAUGAGAAUCCUGCCAUGUGACCACCAGUGGUGGUGGUGGCACUUGCCCGUAGUGUUUUUAGAGUGCGCCCAAAAGGAUGCCCUAUUUCCUGUCUCUUCUUUCUAGGGAAGCGGGUGCCAUUUCAGACACAGCCCUGGUCUGUAACUGGUAAGCCUACCCGCUCUUCUCUCAGCCUCUCUGACGUACAUUGUAGUGGGCUUCUUAUCAAAGUUGGUGGAUGAGGAGUAUUUAUAAUAUGUGAGUAAAGAAGGGAAAGCAAAUAAAGAGCUGCUGUGAUUUGA